AUGCCCUGGUCUUCGGGGGCCAAACCUCCGAAAAAGGCGGAGGCUGUCAAGGCAUUUGCCUUCAAGGCACGCAACCCCUUUGAAGAGAAGAAGCGGGCCGAAGAAGCUCGUCGCAAGCGAGACCAAGAAGAGGCUGCGGCUUGCUUUGCAGAUUUUUUCGCUGAAUUCGCAGAUGAUGAGCCCAAGAAGGGGUUUGUGCGCGGUGGUGUCGUUAAUGAUGAUAUUUUUGGUGAAGACAUCGAGGAAGAGAACAAGCCCAAGCGCAAAAAGCCAAAGUCCAACAUGGAAAUUUUUCGCGAAAAGCUAAAGCGCGAGCAGGAACGACGCGAGGCGCGGAACGAGGCGCGGCGCGAUGAUGGAAAUGUUGAUCUUCGUGCCAGCGAUUCCCUGGCGCGAUCACUCGAUGCCACGACACCCACUGAGUCCGAAACCACGAAUUUGUACGUGAACAACCUGCCCACAACUUUCAAGGAGGACCUGCUGGCUCAGCUCUUUGGCGUACAUGGGCCGUUGGCCAGCGUCAAAAUCAUGUGGCCGCGUCACCCCUCCGAGGUGCGCGACAACCUCUGUGGCUUUGUCGCCUUUAUGCGCCGGGCUGAUGCACAACGAGCCCUGGAAAAACUGAACGGCGCCCUCGUCGAGGGGCACGAUAUCAAGACCGGUUGGGCCAAGGCCGUCCCCAUCCCUCCCAAACCCUACUAUAUCCAGCCCGAGGCCGUCAAGGAGGAUUAUGGCUUGCCCUUCAACGCACAGCCCCUAAAGCCGCCUCCGUCUGGUCGCAUCGACGAAGAAGAGCGUGCCUAUCACACUCGGCAUUCGGUAGUCCGAGUGCAAACGCCAGCGGACCCCGCUGUUCGCCAGCUCAUUCACCGUGUGAUUGAAUACGUCAUCAACCAUGGCCCUCACUUUGAAACGCUGCUCAUCCAAAGCAUUGAACGCGAUCCACAGUUGGCCUUUUUGACCGCGUUUAAGUCGCCCAAUCACGUCUAUUAUCGCUGGAAGCUCUUCUCUCUCCUGCAGGGCGAGGACCCCGACUCCUGGAAAGAGACCAAGUUUCGCAUGUAUGAGGACGGCCCGUGGUGGAUACCGCCGGGCAUGGACAAGACUGGCACAUCCUCACGCAGUCAUCUGACACCCAGUGAAAGAGAUGAGCUUGAGAAUCGCCUGCAAAACAUGACGACGGAACGCCGGGACAUUGGCGACACCAUGUGGUUCUGCAUGAUGCACUCCGAGGCCUUCCAGGAGAUUGUGGAUGCGAUCGAAGAAUCCUUGACAAUGCUCGAAACACCCAUCUCGCUCAAGGUGGCGCGCCUAUUUCUCAUCUCCGACAUUCUUCACAAUAGCACUGCCAAGGUGAAGAAGGCCGGUUUUUUCCGCCUGCAGCUACAAAGCAAGCUUGAGAACAUCUUUUAUCACCUGCACCUGGCCUACCGUGCCAUCACAGGCCGCCUUCGCGCCGAGCAAUUUCGGAAACACGUCAUCUCGUGCCUCAAUGUUUGGCAACAAUGGACCAUCUAUCCCCGCGACUUUCUCGAUGGUUUACACAAGAUAUUCCACGAGGGUCGUGAAGACCAGGCAUCAAACGCGGAUGCUGGUACAGGACCAGCGCAGGACCCGAAGAUUGUCGAGGAGGACGUGGAUGGUGUGCCGCUAGAAGACGAGGAUGAGGACGUGGACGGCGUACCGAUGGAGGAAGAUGAUGACGAUGACGGCGUAGACGGCAAGCCAUUGGAGGAGGAAGACGAUGACGAUGACGACGUUGAUGGCCAGCCGCUGGAAGAGGAAUAG